GGCUUUAAAUUGCCCGUCGCUUUGUUCCGUUUUUCGGCGUUUUGUAUUAUCGUCAUCUAGGCGUGCUUCUCCCGUGAAGCUUAGCCGGCGGCUACUGGGAAUUGUAGACUAGCCGGGAAUUGAGGAUCGUUUGGUGGAGGAAACUAAAGGGACAAGAUGAAGGUUUUUGUGAAGACUUUGAAGGGUACAAACUUCGAGAUCGAAGUAAAACCUGAAGACACGGUCGCUGAUGUCAAGAAAAGCAUAGAGACGGUACAGGGUGCAGACAUUUACCCUGCUGCACAGCAGAUGCUGAUUCAUCAGGGGAAAGUUCUUAAAGAUGGCACAACUUUGGAAGAAAAUAAAGUUGCUGAAAAUAGUUUUAUUGUCAUAAUGUUAAGCAAGAGCAAGGUUUCAUCAAGUGGAGCAUCAACUGCUUCGGCUGCACCUCCAAGCCAAGCCCAACCUGCAAGUUCUUUGCCUACUAGUGCAACACAACCAGCAACAACUACUCAAGCUCCUGCUCCAACCGCAGCACCACUACAACCCUCCACUGAAUCUACACCUUCUGUAGUUAAUCCUGUUUCUUCAGAAUCAGACAUAUAUGGACACGCAGCAUCAAACCUUGUUGCAGGAAGUAAUUUAGAGGCUACCAUUCAACAGAUACUUGACAUGGGCGGAGGCAGUUGGGAUCGCAAAACUGUUGUACAUGCUCUACGUGCUGCAUAUAACAACCCUGAAAGGGCUGUUGAAUAUCUUUAUUCUGGAAUUCCUGAGCAAGCUGAAGUUCAACCAGUUGCCCGAGUUCCUGCUAGUGGGCAGGCUGCAAAUCCACCAGCCCAUACUGAACAACCUGCAGCACCUACCAGUGGUGGGCCAAAUGCAAAUCCUCUAGAUCUAUUUCCACAGGGCCUUCCUAGUAUGGGUUCCAAUGCCAGUGCAGGCACCUUGGAUUUUUUGCGCAACAGUCAGCAGUUCCAAGCAUUGCGGGCUAUGGUGCAAGCAAAUCCUCAAAUCCUGCAGCCUAUGAUUCAGGAGCUUGGGAAACAAAACCCACAUCUUAUGCGGCUCAUUCAAGAGCAUCAGGCUGACUUCUUGCGCUUGAUAAAUGAACCUGUUGAAGGAGAAGGGAACCCACUUAGUCAGUUGGCUUCAGCAAUGCCUCAGGCUGUGACUGUUACUCCUGAGGAGCGCGAGGCAAUUGAGCGUCUUGAAGCAAUGGGCUUUGAUCGAGCCCUAGUGUUGGAGGUAUUCAUUGCAUGCAACAAGAAUGAAGAACUGGCAGCCAACUAUCUAUUAGAUCACAUUCAUGAAUUUGAGGAAUGAACAAAAUUGCGUCCUAGAGUAUCUUUUACUCUUCCGUGUUGGGUGAACUUGGUUUUCUUAUGUACCUUAUCCCAACUAUUUGUCUCGUGGGGACUCUUUAUCCUUGGACAAACAAUAGCGCAUUCUCCUUUCUAUGUUUAAAUAUUGGUUACCAUGUUAUUUAUACAAAAUUGUGUUGGAAUA